GACGGCGGCGGCGCAGCAGCGUGUCUUGGCAGCACCGGCGACCAUCCCGUCCGUCAAUCAGUCAAUCAGUGUACUUCUGGUGUGGUCAGUGUGUCAAGUCAGUCUACGAGCGCGCGUCACCGAGACUAGAGUGCUUUUGAAUAUCUUGUUCCACGUACAAUUUCACGAGCGAGUCGAUUGGCGUUGAGAGAUACAUAGAAGCGACACAGUGCGAGAAAUACAGACAGAUAGAGGAAGAGAAAAAAAAAAGAACCAGAGAGAGAGAGAGAACGCACAAUUGCGUGCCGCUCCGUAAUUUCGGGCAACCGACCGACGACGAGGAGGAGGAGGAUGGCGAGCACCAAGGACGAUUGCGCCGACAACGUGCAGUUCUUCGAGGGCGUCGAGAAGCUCCUCGAGAUCUGGUUCACUAGCUCCAAGGGCCUCAAACAGCACCAGGGUGAUCUGCGACAGAUACCGCGACAAAAGUGGGAAUCGUUGUUGAAGAUGGUCCGUUGCGAGAUCAUCAGUUUCUGUCGCAAUGAUCAAGUGGAAGCCUACGUUCUUAGCGAGAGCAGCAUGUUCGUGUCCAAGCGCAGACUCAUAUUGAAGACUUGUGGUACCACUACACCGCUGCAGUGUCUAGAGCCUCUUUUGGAGCUCGUCGAAGAGUACACAGGUUUCGACGAUGUCGAGAAUGUUUUUUAUUCCCGAAAGAAUUACAAGAAGCCGGAGCUCCAGAUGUCUCCGCACCAGACGUUCGAGGAGGAAGUUGCUCUCCUGGAUUCCCUUUUCCCUGACGGUGAGGCUUAUUGUAUGGGCUCGCCCGAGACGGAUUGUUGGUAUCUCUACACUCUGAUCCGCGACAAGCAGGAUCCGCCAGAACCUGAUCAGACCCUGGAGAUACUCAUGACCGAGCUGGAUGCGGACGUGAUGUCAAUCUUCACUAGAGAUGUUUGCUCGUCCGCUGACGAGGCGACAGUGAAGUCGGGGAUCGACAAACUUAUUCCCAACAUGAUUAUAGACGACUUUUUGUUCGAGCCAUGCGGAUACUCUAUGAACGGCGUGUCUAAAAAUGGUAGCUACAUGACGAUCCACAUCACGCCAGAACCCGAAUUCUCAUAUGUGUCAUUUGAGUGCAAUGUCUCCGAGGCGUCGUACGACGAAAUAAUCCGUCGCGUGCUAAACACUUUCAAGCCGGGAAAAUUCGUCGUGACGAUCUUCGCUAACAAGCAGUCAGCGGCGGCCAAUUGUCCACGCGACCUCGAGGAACGAUCCGAUUAUCUGAACCGUUCCGGCGACUGGCUGCGCACCGCCGUGCAGUAUUGUCGCUUCCCGAAUUACGAUUUGACUUGCGCCUUCUUCUCACGUUUCCCGAGCUGAGGGUUCAAGGACGCUUCAUUCGUCCCG